AUGCAGAGGCGACAUGACAGAAAAGCAAGCAAGAACAGAGACCAGUGCACUGAGCAAGAAAAACGGAGCAGAAUUAACCACUCCAAGAGAAGUGCUGGAAGGCAUGAGGUGCAGUCCUGGACAACAGCCACCAAGCAAUCCUUGUGUCUCGUGUGGCAAAAAGUGAAAGUGCAGCUAAUGCUAAGCAUGUCUUUCCUCGUUACUGUUAUUUGGUAUUGCAGAAGGCUAUACAGCUUUUUAGCACAGCUACUGAAACGGUGGAGCAACUACCUUCAGAGAAAACUCAUAAGGAAUCUCAGUGUGCUGACAGAAGUUGAUCUACUUGGAUAUAGUGUGAGAGAAUGGAAAGGAGAAACACAGCAGGCCAAACACAUGAGGGAGGCAUAUGAAGAAUUGUUUUGGAGCUGUCAUGUCAAAUACCUGCGACAAGUCAGGAGGGAUAACUAUUGUGUACUAAGAGCAGUGCUUUUUCAGAUAUUCAGCCAAGGCAUACCUUUUCCAUCAUGGAUGAGGGAGAGAGAUAUAUUAAAGCUCCCCGAAAAGCUGUUGUAUUCUCAAGGUUGCAACUGGAUUCAGCAAUACAGUUUUGGGCCAGAAAGAUACACAGGUCCCAAUGCCUUUGGUAAACUGCGCAAAUGUAUGGAGGCAUUAAAGACAAACUGGAUUGAAAUAAUUGCUACUAAAGAUCAUGAAGAAAGAGGAAACAUCUGUAACACACUCUUUUCUGAUGAGAGCAAGGAGCACAAACUGUAUGAGGCGAUAAAAUUCAUCAUGCUUUACGAAGUUGUGGAAGCCUAUGAGAAGAUAAAGAACAGGGAAGAACCCAUACACAACCUUUUUAGCCUUCUCCUUGCUCGUGAUUCUUCAUCUGACCCUUUGAGUUUUAUGAUGAAUCAUCUGAACUCCAUAGGUGACUCUCUUUGCCUAGACCAGGUUGAACUGUUUCUUCUUGGAUAUUUACUUGAAGUAAAGAUAAGAGUUUACAGACUGCAUAGGUUUAAUACCGAAGAAUUUCAAGUCAACUAUCCAGAUGAAUACCGAAGGGAAUGGAAUGAGAUUUCUCUCCUGACCGAGGAUGACCGCUACUAUCACAUCCCUGUUUUCAGAACGUGAAGGACCAGUGACCUUUUCCCUUUGUAUAAUAUAGUGAGUGACCAGUUCCAGUGAAUUAGGUUUCUAAUCAGUAGCAGUAAGAUUUUGAGAAUGCUUGUUAAUGAUUACAAAAUGAUUUAUGGGUUUAUUGUGUAAACAUUUUUCUUUACUGUUGCAGCUCAAUUCACCAUCAGCCAGCCAUAAAAACCAUAAAAACCAUAUAAUAUGUUGCUAUACUGUCUGGGGGAAAAAGUGUUGUAUGUGAGGGUUGUCAGGCAAAAAAAGAUUGGACUACAUGACAAAGAAGGCAAAGGUAAUGCUGGGGUUUCUAUUGCUAGCCUGAAGGUUUACUCUGACAUCUCUGGAUGGGUUAAACUCCAGUUCCUAGAGCAAUUACUGCCUUUCCCUUGUCUGUCUCAUGCUAGGGAGCAUGAAUCACAGAGGAAGCAACUCCUGGGGUCCUGCAGUGUAUACUCCAGGCUAUUAAACUUGCACUGACUUGGGGCUAACUAGGAUGAGAGGAUGUAAAGCGGGGCCUCUGCGUAGCUCCUUCUCAUCCCAUUUGGCUUCCCUGUUGUUGGAAUGCUCCCUCCAGGGAUGGGCAGAGCAAGCAGCUGCAGGUUGUAUUUAUUUCAAAAAUGUGAAAUUCAGCUGUCUGCACUUAGCGCUGAUACCUGAAGACGAAGAAGUGUUACACAGGGGGAAAACCCCUCACCACACUCAAGAAUACUAUGCCAAGUGAACAGAAGAACUACUUUGUAACCGAGGAAAGUACAUAAGCUUUCUCAGAGCUAAAAAGGGCAGUAUUAAUUAAUAAGUAGCAUGUAAUAGAGUUAGACCCAGUAACUGCCUACGGUUUUUGUCAAUUCGUAAAUCCUUUUAAGGGCUGAUUUCAUUACCUGCCAAGAUUUCCUUUGCAAUUCACGUGAGAAAGCUGUGCACAGAAUACAUUCACAAACACUGCAUUUUCAGAAAAUAUUCAUUUUUAUGCAUUAUGUGAGUUCAGCAGUGUGUAUGCGUGUUUUAUCCUCUGAGCAUAUAUUAAUCUCCUUGCGUAAGAUGGCUAUCUUCAGUUUAGACCUCAAUGUUUGAAGGAAGUCUGUCUGAGACAUCUAAAUGAGAUUUACCUUAAUAAAGGGAACAUUUUUGCCCAGUUCUGUUUUCUAAAAGAAUCAAUUGUGUUUUGAUUAUUUAAAAAACAAGGGACCUUAAUUUGAAGAAAUAUGAAAAUAAUACAGCAGAUCUAAUAAAAUAUUUGUGAAAAACUUUCAAUCCUAUAGGCAUAUGGUUGUAUUAAAGAAAGUGGGAUUUAUUAAGAAACAAAGCUUCCCUUUUUCCUUAUCCUAGAGAUAAGGAUAGACAGGUUUAUUUUUAAAUACCUGCAAAAGAAAAUACAAGCCAGUAACAAAAAUGUGAACAGGUUCUGCAGGAGCUAAAGCAGUUGCAUGAGGUAACUAAAUGAUAAUGCUUCGAGUGCAUGGAGAGUGCUUGGUUCUUUUGUGUAAAGGAAAGCAAUUUUAUCCCUUACAGUCCUUUUAUUUGUAUGUAUAUGUAUAUAUAUUUAUAAACACAAACACCUGAGUUCUGUAUUGCGAUGGGUUUGUUUUCUGAAAGUUUUUCUGAGUUCAGUUUUGUUCAGUAAUUUGUAGCUUUUAAUUAAGAAGGCUUGAUACCUUUAAUAACUUCAUCUCAUCAAAACCUGCAUAUGAAAUACGUUAUUUAUUAAAAAAAAACCUUUUUUUUUUUUUUUUUUUCACUGAAUGAAAUAAUUUAUCUUUGGAUUUGGUUCUGUUCUGCAUGGGGAAAUGUUAUAAUACCUGAGAGUAGGGUAUUGCUAUCUACUUUGUACCAACAGUAACAUUUACAGCUAUGGAUGAACUUGGCUAUAUUUUGUUCUUGGUUUAGUACAAGCAGACAUACCAAAAAAAGGACGUAUUUUUAUAGUGGGCUUUUUAAUGGUUUGCAUAUUAUUUAUGAAUAGGAAUACAAAAGCAUUACAGCUGAAAGUGUUAAAUUGUCAAAAUGUACAUUUUUGUAAUCUUGAGCAUAUUAAUAGUGGAGGUUAAUAAAGAUCUAACACAGACA